UCAAACAAACUCUGCUACCUCUGCUCCAAAUUGGUUGAACUGAGACUCAUAAAAUUAUUCUCAAGUAUUCUCUGACCAACAAGAGAAUAAUUAAAUUAAUGAUGCUUCUUCGUAGCUCUUCAAGUCCAUUAUUGAAGCAAUAUUAUUCAUGGCUACCACAAUUAUCCCCAGGACCAAAAUACUUGUCAAGAUCAUCUACAUCACUCUCAAGCUCAUCACUAGAUUCAGUACAAAAGAUGUCCAGAGCUUUGUCUGAGACUGAUCUUAAACUGUUCAAUAGACCAUCAUCUUCAAGCAGUACUUGUUGCAUGGCCAUGCACAACAUACUUCCUAUCACAGUUGAUGAAGAAACAUAUGAAGAGGAGAAAGAAGAUAAGCAGGUAAGGCUGAAUAAUGGAUUGAUGUUGUUUCCGAAUUAUCGGUUGGAAACGGGUGAGGGGCGUGAAGUUGAGGAAGAGAAACACACGAGGGCGGUAGAGCUGGUGGUUGACGGCGGUGGAAGUGGUGGAGACGGUAGAGGAAAGAAAUGUGGUGGUGGAGGUGGUGAUGAUUCUAAUGGUGGAAAUGGUGAUGGUUUUGAGUGGGAUUCAAAUCAUGGGAGUGAUAGUACUGAUUUGUAUUACAAAAAGAUGAUUCAAGCUAAUCCUGGGAAUUCACUGCUUCUUGGAAAUUAUGCAAGAUUCUUGAAAGAGGUCCGUGGAAACUUUGUGAAAGCAGAAGAAUAUUGUGGGAGAGCAGUUUUGGCAAAUCCAAGUGAUGGAAAUGUACUUUCAUUAUAUGCUGAUUUAAUUUGGAGAUCCCAUAAAGAUGCCUCUCGUGCUCAAAACUACUUUGAGAAAGCUGUUAAAGCUGCACCAGACGAUUGGUAAGAAUAAUUCUUAUAUAUAACAUGAAGGGA